UUUCCGAUAAACAACCAGAUCAAUAAAUUUUUUCAGUCAGAAUCACCUGAACUCUGUCGGCUGCAUGGUGAUGUUUCACGGUUAUACCGUACAAUUCUGGAUAACUUUUUGGCAUCCGAAUACAUAGCCGGUUUGAAUGAAUUGAGCAAGGUAGUGUUCUGCCAGCAAAAUUAUAAACCAUUAGAAGAAAUGUACAUCGGCACGGAAAGUAUGCUGCUCAUGGAACAACACCUACAGUCUCGCACUCUCAACCAGCAAAUUGCCACGGAGGUUAGAACAAAUAUGCUUAACCUUUAUGUCACGCUCUGCAAUCAGAUUAACAAACGUAUCGAUCUAAGUGAUCCUAUUAUUAUUCAGAGCGCGAGAUUGGAUCCUAAAAAUUGGGUAGUUCCAGCACUGCUGUCCCUUCCACACUCCACGGCUUGUGUGGAAAGGUUAUUUUCGCAGUGUAAUCAAAAUAGAAAUAAAUUAAAGAAUUGAAUGACAACCGAAGUACUGGAAGGGCUACUAACAUCGAAAGAUUGCAUAAACCUGCAUAAAACUAAAAAUGGAAGUAUAGAAGUAACUAGCGAAAUGAAGAAGAAAUUUACAAGCGAUAUGUACAACAUGAAAAAUUGAAUGAGCGUAGAAGUGUGUAUUGCGGAACAAAGAAAAUGUAAAGAAUUGUAAAGUGAGAAAUGCGCUAAGAAAGAUAAGUGAAUGAAUUAAUCGUAAAACGUAAAUGGUAUAAUAUGGUAAAUAUGGGUAAAUUUGAAGUACCUGAAGUAUAAGAAGAGUAGAAAAUAAAUACGGUAAAAAUACCGCAGGAUGCGCCUGCGGAGGCUCUUAAUACGUAUACAUGCAAAUAAAGAGAACUUUUUUGGCACACCAUAGAGCGAAAUCUGCAUAUCGGUGAUGAAAAAAGUCUUAUUUAGUUAGAAAUGUUCAGCCUAAUUGUUGUUCACUUUAAUACCAUCAAGAAAAUGCAACGCAUGUUUAAUUUUGCCACGCACCAACUACCGUUUAGAGAAAGCUCUUUUUUAAAUUAUUAUUAUAUUUAAAUCCAAACAGUUAUAUUACUAUUUAAGAAUAGUGCUUUUAUUAUAUUACAGUUUACAAUGAUAAGUGCGUAAUGAUUAGUAGCGAAUUACAUCGAUAAGUGUGUACGGUUAAGGUAGGUUACUUUCCGCGUCCCUGUGUCCUGCUGCGUAUCGGCUUCACAUUCCGUUUGGAAUCAGGGUUUUUUAAAUCAUAUUAUUCUAUUAGUGUAAAUAUUAUAUUAGGCGUGUAUAGUGAUAAGUGCGUAAUAAUUAGUGACUAGCGAUAAGUGUCUACGGUUAAGUUAGAUUACUUCCAGCGUUUAUUUGUCCCUGCGCGUUUAAGCUACACGGCUUACCAUGAGUUCCAGUGAAGUGAAUAGUGGUAGCGUCCAGGUUGAAACCUGUUGAAUCAACGACGAAAUGCAAUGGAUUGCUGCAAGAUACUAGCAGAUGAGCAGAAGGCAAGAUUUACUAGGAAACGACAGGUACUGUACAGAGCCAGAAAGCGUCUUGCCCGUACUAGCAAUUCUGUUUUUUUCUAUAUGUGCUCUCCCUACGAAUAACCGGCCUUAGCAUGUGUCAUAUCAUUUCUGAGAACAGAAAUUGGCGCAGCCUGUAUGUUCGAUUCUGUUCUAGCCCUCAUAAGCGAAUUUUCCAUGAUAUGUCUUUAUGCGACCCGUAAAAACAUUGCCGUCACCGUGUAUGAAAGGUGAUAAUGUGCCUGCUUAUGUACUACAAAUUUACCCGAAAAUGAAGUUAGCUAGCGACUUUUUUCUGAUAUCGUUGCGACCGCUUCCCGAUAUUGGCUAGAACAGUCAGAAGUAACAAUAUGUUUUUUGGAGAUUUCUGAUGAAUGGGUUUCCAAUAACAAACGAACUUGAAAUUUACGCGAAAUAUAGAAUAUAGGCAAUAUAGAAAGUAC